AUGGGUCAACAGAUGUCGCUCACCACUUCGACCCCAAUUCAGCGACGACACAUUACGUUUGGAGUGAUUUUAGCUUUCUUCAGCAUUGCUCUCAUUAUAGCCGAGGUCAAGCGCCCGAGCUCCUCCUAUGUGGGAUAUUGGGUGGGUGCAAUUGGGAUCCUACCUUCCAUAUUCGCAAUCGUCUGUGGUGUCAAAACCACACGACCCCUCCUCAUAGUCUCAUGUUUUAGUGAUUUUAUCGCCUCCUGUACUUGUGUAGCUGGUGCUAUCCUCUCUCUGGUAUUUUUCUCAAUCCACGUCUACGCAGUCGGAUGGCUCUCAGUGAUUCUCACAACAUUCCUUCUCUACCACGCUUUCACUAUCUUUGGUGAGCUUAACAUCUGUUGCAGAGUGGUGAUUUUUGGGAUACCAGAUGAAGUGUCAGAUAUCACUAGUCACCACAAUCACGGACGCGACCUUCCCGCCCCACCAAUCGGUUUUUUCAUGCCUGACGAAGUACCAAAACCGCCCAACUACGACCAGCUGUCCGUCCGGGGUGACCCACCAGCCUACACCGAAGCCUGUUCACAGAGAUCCUUUGUGACCCCAACUCCACCACCACCGCCAACUCCACCACGUCCUACCCCAUCACUGUACUCAGUCGAUCGUCGAAGAAACAGAUCUCUGUCAGCGAUUAGAAUCCCAAUGAGUGUCAGGGCGGAACAUAGGCAUCGGUCGCAUCCAAGUUCGCAAUCUAGGUUGGAUCAACGUAAUCAAGAGCAUUUUUAA